AUGGCCGACGAGGGACUAAAGCUCUUUCCUUACUACCGUUACAUCAUCAACGAAUCCGACUACCCCGACGCCUCCCUUAACUACGAGGAGAUCCAGCGGUGGGCCAACGAGAUAUUCGACAGCACCACCGCCGGCCUGGGAGAGCCUUUACCCCCGGCCGAUGCGCUCGAACACACGCCCACCAGAAUACAGGAGGUGACAGCCUCGUCACUCUCCCUCGUGUACAACCUCACCAGCAGUCUUGAUCUCGGCCUCAACUGGUCCUCACAACCCCUCGUGCCUUCAGGAGGCUUCGACCCCGCCUCCAACUGGUCCUCAAGCCUCGACCUCGAUGCCAUCGACAUCCUCAACGGGAACCAGUCCACAGGAACAUCCUACGGGCCCGAUUUCAAUGGUUCCUUAGAUACUCUAGCUGGAGGGUACAAUGGAACAAACUACACAUCUCCUGCAACAGAGCAUGCUCCUAUACCGGAUAGAUACUCCAUUUAUGAGGUCAUCCUCAUAGCCGUAUUCGCCGGGUUCCUGUCCAUCGCGACUCUGCUGGGCAACUUGAUGGUAAUGAUUAGCUUCAAGAUUGACAAACAGCUUCAGACCAUUAGUAACUACUUCCUAUUCUCGCUGGCCGUGGCGGAUAUCACUAUAGGCAUGGUUUCGAUGCCUUUGUUUACCCUGUACACGCUGCUGGGUUACUGGCCUCUUGGACCGCUCAUCUGCGACACCUGGCUUGCCCUCGACUACCUGGCUUCUAAUGCAUCGGUUCUCAACUUGCUUAUCAUAUCCUUCGAUAGAUAUUUCAGCGUGACACGACCCCUCACGUACCGGGCCAAGCGAACGACCCGACGCGCGGCUGUCAUGAUCGGGUCAGCCUGGAUCAUCUCCCUCAUUUUGUGGCCUCCUUGGAUCUACUCGUGGCCACAUAUCGAAGGCCGGAGGACUGUCCCGGAGAACGAGUGUUACAUCCAGUUCAUCGAGACGAACGAGUACGUCACCUUCGGCACAGCCAUCGCGGCCUUCUACCUGCCCGUGACGGUGAUGUGCGGCCUCUACUGGCGUAUCUGGAGGGAGACCGAGAAACGCCAGAAGGACCUGACCAAUCUGCAGGCGGUGAAGAAGGACCCGAGUAAAAGGUCCAACUCUAGUGAGGCCGAGGAGGUGGUGGAACCCGAAGACUGGAAGAGACAGCGUUCGGAGUCCUCAACAGCCAUGGAUGAGAUCGAGACCACGUACGUGCCGACGGCGCUCGUCAUGGACAACACUAAGUAUGCCUCGCAGGGCCGCGACGUGGGGAAGGCCGCCGGGUGCUGCCGCGGCCUUGCCUCCUGCAUCAAGCGCACCGUCGACCGCGAGGACACCAGCACCCAGGCCGCAGGACACCGAGCAGGAUACCACACCCCGGGCUACCACACGCCGGGCUACCACACCCCCGGCUACCACACCCCCGGCUACCACACCCCCGGCUCCGUCGAGACGUCGCUGCCGUCGUCCGUGUCGCGCUGCACGUCCCUUAACUACAUCCGCGAGCCGAUGAGCGUCACGCCCACCAGGUACAGGCAGAACUCCAUGAUCCCCCUCGUGGAGCGAGCUGAGCGCCCCGACCACCACCACCACCACCACCACCAUCACCACCACGGCGCCUCCACGCUCCCCCGGGCGGAGAGCACCCUGGGCGUGGGCGCCCGCGGCCAGGUCGGGGGGCGCCUGCAGGCCCGCUCCCACUCGUCGGACUCCGUGUACACCAUUCUGAUCCGCCUCCCGCACGACCCCUCGCAGGACGGGCCUCUGCACCCGCCCUCCAUCCUGAUGAUCGAGGAGGAGGGCCAGGAGGGCGGCGGCUCGGGCGGUGGCCACAAGCUGCGCUUCGACAGGGGCACGUCGCCCCUGGCCCGCCGCGGCGACUCCGUGUGCUCGGACCCCAGCGGCCAGGCGACCAGGGUGGAGUGCUCGCUGCACCCCGGGGGGCCGGAGGGCACGUCCCCGGUCCCCCUGCGCAGGACUUCACACGCCCCCGACAUCAAGAUCCCGCUCAACGCCAAGAUCAUCCCCAAGCAGCUGGCCAAGAACUCCGGCGCGGGAGGCACGGGCGCCGGGGGCGGGGCCACGGGCGGCGGCGCCAACGCGGGCGGCGGCAUCGGCUCCGCAGGCAAGAAAAAGAAGAAGAAGAAGAACCAGGAGAAGAAGCAGGACCGCAAGGCCGCCAAGACGCUGUCGGCCAUCCUGCUGACGUUCAUCGUGACGUGGACGCCGUACAAUGUGCUGGUGCUCCUCAAGACCCUAAUGGCCUGCAACGCCGACGACUGCAUCCCGCGCCAGCUGUGGGACUUCUCCUACUACCUGUGCUACAUCAACUCCACCAUCAACCCCAUGUGCUACGCCCUCUGCAACGCCGCCUUCAGGAGAACCUACGUAAGAAUCCUGACGUGUAAAUGGCACAGCCGUCGCAAGCAGGGAGUCCAAAGAGGAUAUUACAGCUGA